AUGAAAAAGUUGCAGCUAUUCAACAUAAUAUAUAAAAAAAAACAGCCAAAGAUCUUAAAAGGUUUUUUGGUGUCAUUAAUAAUUAUUAUCGAAGAUUCAUACCAAAAGCAGCUGAGCACCAGAACCUUAAACGUUUGCAUAAAACAAACAAAGAAAUCUUUGAUCAUCAAAUGGAAUGAAACAUUAGUAGAAGCAUUCAACCAGUGUAAACUUUAUCUAGAAAACGCUUCAUUGCUUACACAUCCAGUAAACUAUACCACAAUAGCAGUUUCAGUAGAAGCUUCUAACUUUGCUAUGGGCCCUGUGCUUGGACAAAAAGAAGUAGACAACAAUGUUAAGGACAUUUGGAAACCAUUGGCUUACUAUUCUAAGCCUUUAAGUGAAACGCAAAAACAAUAUAGUACGUAUGAUAGAGAAUUGCUUGUAAUGUACUCAGCAAUAAAAUACUUUCGACAUUGGAUCGAGGGGUGA